AUGGCGAACAAGUUUGGAUUAGGUUCUUUAUCUUUAGAAACUAAAAAACCUAACACUACAGCGUGGAUAAAUAAAGCGAAACCUUAUUUUGUGGAUCAAAUCGGAGACACUCUUCAAGGUGAUUUAGAUAUGAACAAUUUCAAAGUAACUAAUUUAAAGUCUCCGGAAAACGAUAAUGACGCUGUUCACAAGAAAUAUUUACGGGAUCAAAUAAAUUCAAUUGAAGUAAAUAAAAACCAUUUAGAAGAUAAAAUAAGUAAUGUGAAAAGAUUCUUCAAACGUCAACCAAAUAUUAAAAAUUUUGUUAAUGAUACUAAAAGAAUUGGUCAACAUAAUAAAGAAGAUGAACUUUCAUUGAGUGAUUUUGAUAUGAUAUUACAGUCGAAAACUUCACCAUCAAUUAAUAUCAAUAGAAACCCAGAAUCAUUUACCAAUUAUGACUUUUUACGAACGACAGACUUUGAAUACGUAAAACUAUAUUUUGGUAAUAAUAGUUAUUCACAAGAAGAUAGCUCUUCAACUGAUUUAUUUACCUCAAUCGAUAUUCAUAAAAGUUAA